AUGUUGAGGAAAGGAAAUUCCUUGGCAAAGUUGAUAGCUCUAUCGCUUGAUGUCAUAUUUGCCAAGGCUAGAGAUGACAAGAACUCCAACGGAACAGGCGCGAGUGGUUCAACAGCGCAAAGGAUGGACAAUCUACCGAAACAAGAUCAAAAUGACCAGCAACCCUCCACGCAAGAUAAGGGUCGGCCGUUGCCAAAAUUUGGCGAGUGGGACGUAAAUAAUCCCGCAUCAGCUGAUGGUUUUACAGUCAUAUUUGCCAAGGCUAGAGAUGACAAGAACUCCAACGGAACAGGCGUGAGUGGUUCAACAGCGCAAAGGAUGGACAAUCAACCGAAACAAGAUCAAAAUGACCAGCAACCCUCCACGGGUCGGGGGAGUGGAAGGCGGCUGGCAACAAUAGAGCAAGAUAAGGGUCGGCCGUUGCCAAAAUUUGGCGAGUGGGACGUAAAUAAUCCCGCAUCAGCUGAUGGUUUUACAGUCAUAUUUGCCAAGGCUAGAGAUGACAAGAACUCCAACGGAACAGGCGUGAGUGGUUCAACAGCGCAAAGGAUGGACAAUCAACCGAAACAAGAUCAAAAUGACCAGCAACCCUCCACGGGUCGGGGGAGUGGAAGGCGGCUGGCAACAAUAGAGGUGAUAGGAUGGUCAAAAUGUGAGAGCUUUUAG